AUGGCUCCCCUCAAAGUCGGUGACUCUCUGCCCGAAGGCGUAAAGUUCGAAUGGGCGCCCAUCACCGACGCCGACCCCACAGCCUGCGGCCGCCCCCAAGAAUACGACGCAAGCAAAGAAUGGGCGAACAAAAAAGUCGUCGUCGUCAGCGUGCCCGGCGCCUUUACCCCGGGCUGCCAGGCAUUCCACCUACCGCCGUACAUUGAGAAGUUCAGCGAGCUGAAGAGCAAGGGCGUUGACCUUGUUGCUGUUAUCGCGAGUAAUGAUAGCUGGGUUAUGAAUGCGUGGGGAAAGGUUAAUGGCGUUAAGGGGGAUGAUAUCCUCUUCCUUAGUGAUACCAAGUCUUUCUUCUCGAAGAAUCAUGGCUGGGCUGCUGGAAUGGGGGAUCGCAACGGUCGCUGGGCUAUGGUCUUCGAUAACGGAAAGCUCACCUACGCUGAGAACGAGUCCAACCCGUCGCAGGUCACGGUCUCCGGUGCCGAGUCCGUCCUCGCCAAGUUGUAG